AUGGACAACCAGCAUCAACUUUCUGAAGUGUCACAAUCACUUCCAGUUGAGAUCAUCAUCAAAAUCCUCUCCUACGUCAACCACAAAGACUUAAAGACCUGUCGUCUAGUGUCAAAACAAUUCUACGACUUAAUCCGCACCACAUCUGAAUUAAUCAAAAAAUUAAAGUUCGUCGUCCAAUUCAGCACAAAUAUUAGCAAAAAAGAGACAUGGAAGCAACGAGCGAUUGACAUUAACAACAAUUCAACAUAUCAAGUUCCAUCAGGAAGACCACUCUAUAGACCUAAUGAUCUUAUUGGAGAUGCAACAUUGCAAGUUCCUCAGCCACUAAACUUUGAGAACAUUAAAGGACCUUUCAUCCGCAACAUAAUUUUAAAGUUGAACAAUUUUGAUGAAUUUUCAUGGAAUUUCAUGAAGGAACUGCCAAAUUUAGAAGAUUUAUCGAUUGAAGAAACCAGACAUGUCACUUAUGACUUUAUACCAGCACAAGAGGAUCCCAUCGACCUAUCAAAGCUGACGUCACUAAAGCUCACUCAAAGAUUACUCAACAGCUUCACAUCCAGCACCAAAAAUGUAAAUAACCUCAAAGCGCUUACAAUCAAAGUCACAUCCGAAGAUCAUCAAGAACUAUUGACAGACUUCAUUGUCCAACAAGACAACUUGAAGGAAUUGUACCUCAACAUUGAUCCAUUAAUAGAUUCAAUCAACUUUCCAGCCACAGACAUAACCUCAAAAAUUAAAUUUCAACUGACAAAAUUUAAAUUAACAUUGAGUGCUGUUAGGAAUGAAAGUCAGCACUUCCAACAGUUUUUUGAGUCUCAAGCUGGACAUUUGGAAAGUCUGAAGCUUAACUUCAACCCAGACGACCAACUUCUCACAUCAAUUUUCACAAAAUGCACAAAUUUAAAGCAUUUUGGACUUAAAUUAUCUCCAAGAUCUGAUUCAUUCUCAAGACUUGAUCAAGAACUGCAAAUGCCGUCCGUAAGAUCCAUCAAAGACAGAUUUAUUGAUGAUCAAAAAAUCACAUUAAUCACUGCACGAUUCCCAAAUGUCAGGGAAUUACAAUGUGGACUUAUGAGAGACAUCCAUGGAUGUUUUGAUAAAAUAAGAAAAAUUAGCGUUGAAAGCCUCUUUUGUCAUACGAUGGGUGACUGUGCAUUUCCUAAUUUGAAGGAACUUUACAUCAAUAAUGCUUAUGGAUUUCGAGAUAAGGCCUGGAGGCAGUUCCAUAAGAAUAUCAUGGAACUUGAGCAGCUGAAGAUUGCGGAAAUUUGCUGA